AUGGCAGUGUCAAUCUUCACCUCCCCACCCCUAAUAAUAACCCUCUCCCUGGCCCUCCGCGCCACUCUCCUAAUCUAUGGUGCCUGGCAAGACGCCGUCUCCCCCGUCAAAUACACCGAUAUCGACUACUUAGUUUUCACCGACGCCUCGCGCUACGUCUCGCGGGGCCUCUCGCCCUACUCCCGCGACACUUAUCGCUACACGCCCCUGCUAGCAUGGCUCCUUGUACCCACGACUUGGAAUGUAGCGGGUAUCUCGCUCUUCUCGUUCGGGAAAGUUCUGUUUGCUGCUGCGGAUGUGCUGGCCGGGUGGCUGGUUGCUAAGUGUCUAAGGACGCAUUAUGGGAUGGAUACGGCGAAGGCGAUUAAGUUUGCGUGUGUGUGGUUGUUGAACCCGAUGGUCGCGAAUAUUAGCACGAGGGGAAGUUCGGAAGGGUUGUUGGGGGUUCUUGUGGCGGGGGUGUUGUGGGCGGCGUUGAGUAGGAGGGUUGUGGUUGCAGGGGUAUUGUUGGGGCUGGGGGUGCAUUUCAAAAUUUAUCCGUUUGUUUAUGGGGUGUCGAUUCUUUGGUGGUUGGAUGCGCAGCGGACUUCCUCUACGUCGUCCAAGGACGAGGACGGCAAAGGAAGGACGAUUCUGCAGUCUCUUCUCGGUUUCAUCACCCCCUCUCGCAUCCUUCUAACCUUCACAGCCCUCACAACCUUCCUCGCCCUAAACAUCGCCAUGUACACUCUCUAUGGCACCCCCUUCCUCCAACACACCUACCUCCACCACCUCACCCGCAUCGACCACCGCCACAACUUCUCCCCCUACAGCACGCUGCUCUAUCUCGCAUCGGUGGACGGCGGACACGGGUACGGGUACAAAUUCGAGUCGUUGGCGUUUAUCCCGCAGAUUCUGCUUUCCGUGGCUUUAAUUCCAGCGGUGCUGGCGAAGAGGGAUUUGGCGGGGGCGAUGCUUGCGCAGACGUUUGCGUUUGUGGGGUUUAACAAGGUCUGCACGAGCCAGUAUUUCCUGUGGUACCUGAUCUUCCUCCCGUUCUACCUACCAAACUCGUCUCUAUUGAGGAAGCCCUGGCUGGGGCUUUCGGUUGCUGCAUUGUGGGUUAUCGCUCAAGCACUUUGGCUCCACCAAGGUUUCCGUCUUGAAUUUCUCGGGAUAUCUAGCUUCGUGCCCGGAUUAUUCCUAGCGGGCUUGUUUUUCUACGCCGUGAACUGUUGGAUUCUGGGGAUCCUUGUUGAGGAUGUUGGCGGCUUAUCAGCGCAAGAGCAGGUUGCGGAAUAG